AUGGUCCGCCCCGAUACCCAGAUCAGGGACGGGAGUGCCGUACGGCACCUGGGAUUUGAUGGUUUGGAGGCAUCCGGCGUUCUCAUGUGCACAUGGCUUGUCAACCAUUGCCCAAUGCGUUUUCCUGAAUUGCAAGAUGAGAAUGGAAAAGUGAAAACUACCCUCGACAGCGUCUCUGAAUUCCUCGGUCCCGCAGGUCGAGAUGUCAACGAGCGUCCAUAUGGCCGACGACGGAUCAGUGCUGUAGAUAAACAGACACAUGACAGUGGUUCAGACGAUUCAAUGCGCAUUGCGAAUACUGGCCUGGGCCCAGAGCGGCGGAUCCCUUCAAUUGUAGUAAGAUCUCUGCUCGAUAUCCAUUCUGAUGGUCAACCCCGCACAAUCGAUAAAUCUUCAGCCUGA